AAUAAGUCCAUCCGUGACAUUUCCUGGCUACUAAAUAUUCCACGGUCAACUGUUAGUGGUGUUAUAACAAAGUGGAAGCAACUGGGAACAACAGCAACUCAGCCACGAAGUGGUAGGGCACGUAAAAUGACAGAGCGGGGUCAGCGCAUGGUGAAAUGCACAGUGCGCAGAAGUCGCCAAUUAUCUGCAGAAUCAAUAGCUAAAGACCUCCAAACUACACAUGACCUUCAGUAAGAGCUUCAUGGAAUGGGUUUCAAUGGCCAGUUGCAUCCAAGCCUUACAUCACCAAGUGCAAUGCAAAGCGUCUGAUGCAGUGGUAUAAAGCAUGCCGCCACUGGACAAUAG